AUGUUAGAGACAAAUACGAUUUUAAAACGUGGUCAACUAUUCCGGCCAGCAACUGGCGUUUUAAACUUCUUUAAUAUCUUCAAAAACAUCCCCUUUGUUUUCAUUGCUAUGGUAGAGUCAGUGGGCACUAUGGCGCUGGGGAGACUUAGUAAAUGCUAUCGGUCGUUACUACGUGAACCCGUUAAAGGGGCAUUUUUAGGUAGUUUACAGCCAGGAUGGAUUGAAAGAUGUAUCGGAGCUAAGAGGCAUCUGUUGUCAGAGGAUAUUGUCAGACUUCAAGACUUUCAGCAAAGGAAGCUGGCUGUGGCUCACCUUGCCAGUGGUUCACAAGGAAAUUAUAUUGAGCUAUUCAGGGAGAAGCUACAAAGGAAAAAUGAGCUGAUACUGAAAAAUGAGCUGAAGCUCCUCAUUCACCUGUGCCAGUCUGCAGAUGACAUGGUGAUAGCCAGAGAUGCCAUCUAUAGGUAUCACGCAGAGAACCAAAACUUUGCAUUUGGAGAGUUUAAGUUUGGUCCUCUCUUCAUGAGACUGUGUUAUGAGCUGGGUAUGGAGGAAAUGGCUGCUGCUACACUUCUAGAUGAGAGAAUGAAAGGAUUUUUCAACGAUGCAACAUCCUUUAAUAUCACCAUAGACAUGCUGUUCACAAAAGGCUCUUAUGAAAGUGCUCUGGAGGUACUAAGAACCAUGAGGAAAGAAGGUGUACCAUUCAACAACGACACGCAGAUACUGGCAGUUGGUACCUGCUACAAACUGAACACAGCGGAGUCCUACAGGAUCUGCACUGCUCUGAUAGAGGAGCGACAGAGCAAAGGGCUCUCUAUCCCCAGACAUGCUUACUGCUUUGCUGUAGCAUUAGCACUUAGGCAGAAUGAUGUCAAGAAAGCACAGUCAUUGUAUUCCCAAAUUCUGAACACAGACAACAGAUUAUGCCAGAGUUUGAAAGUUUUAAUACUAGUGAUGUCAGGAGCAGUGACAGAUGCCAUAUCAACCCUGUCUGCAGCUGUGUUGCCUGAUAGCCCUGUUUUUGUGAAAAAGACAGAAUUUUCACAGGAGGUGGUGGAUUUGCUGUGUUUGCGGACUGAGGGCGGACCACACAUGAUGGAAGUGGAGCAGGUAGUGACUCAGCUCAAACAAGGCGGUCAGGUGACUCAGCAGACCCUCGACGUCAUGCUGUGCCACACACCCAGAGGGAGGAGGAAAGCAGAGCCAAUAAUUGAGGAGGGGAGGAUCAGCCGAAGGACUCUGAGGCCACUACGAUCCACUCUGCUGUCAGAAUGAGGAAUCCUGCCACAAGUGUUAGAGCUGGUCACUUAAACACACGCUGAUGACUUCAUCUACCUCCCCUUAAACACAGACACAGUCAUCCCUCUGCAGAUUGAACUUUGGUCCCAUUUAUAUUGCCGGCCUUAUCCAACAUUUGAUGAAUAAGGUAACAGUCCAAGUUUGUGCAGCAGGUAUUUAAAAGUAAAAAAACUUCUAAAUUGUUAUGCAUUUCCUUUCAAGGAUCUUCUAUGGAUGAUAGGGAUGUCUUGUACAUGAAAAUGUAAAUGAGUGAUUAAAGACGAAUCAGACCUUAAAUAAUGAAAAAAA